GCUCCUAUCGACUCGCUCCAGCUCGCCUGGCCGUCCUGGAGCGCGGAGGAGCGCGGAGCCGCGGGAGAUGCGGUGACUUCGGACACCCUUGUCCAGCGCUCGGGCCCUGUGCAGGCCCCCCGGCGUGCACGCAGCCGCACCAAUGAACACCAACCCUGGCACAGUGGGCAGCGACCCUGUCAUCUUGGCCACCGCCGGCUAUGACCAUACCGUGCGGUUCUGGCAGGCCCACAGCGGGAUCUGCACCCGCACUGUGCAGCACCAAGACUCCGUAAACGCUCUGGAGAUCACGCCUGACCGCAGCAUGAUCGCAGCUGCAGGUUACCAACACAUCCGUAUGUACGACCUCAACUCCAACAACCCUAACCCCGUCAUCAGCUAUGACGGGGUGAGCAAGAACAUCGCGUCCGUGGGCUUCCACGAGGACGGCCGCUGGAUGUACACAGGCGGCGAGGACUGCACAGCCAGGAUCUGGGACCUCAGGUCCCGGAACCUGCAGUGCCAGCGCAUCUUCCAGGUUAAUGCGCCUAUUAACUGUGUCUGCCUGCACCCCAAUCAGGCAGAGCUCAUCGUAGGCGACCAGAGCGGCGCGAUCCACAUUUGGGACCUGAAAACUGACCACAACGAGCAGCUGAUCCCGGAGCCGGAGGUCUCCAUCACGUCCACCCACAUCGACCCGGACGCCAGCUACAUGGCUGCGGUCAAUAGCACCGGAAACUGCUUCGUCUGGAACCUCACCGGGGGGAUCGGGGACGAAGUCACCCAGCUCAUUCCCAAGACCAAGAUCCCUGCCCACACACGCUACGCCCUGCAGUGUCGCUUCAGCCCAGACUCCACGCUCCUUGCCACCUGCUCGGCUGACCAGACCUGCAAGAUCUGGAGGACGUCAAACUUCUCGCUCAUGACGGAGCUGAGCAUUAAGAGCGGCAACCCUGGGGAGUCGUCCCGUGGCUGGAUGUGGGGCUGCGCCUUCUCUGGGGACUCCCAGUACAUUGUCACCGCUUCUUCGGACAACCUGGCCCGGCUCUGGUGUGUGGAGACUGGCGAGAUCAAGAGGGAGUAUGGUGGUCACCAGAAAGCAGUCGUCUGCCUGGCCUUCAAUGACAGUGUGCUGAGCUAGCCUGCCUCCCUGGGGACAACACCCCGAUCGCAGGGAGACCCCCAGGUUCACCUUCGCUUGGCCAGAUCGGCAAACCUCCCUGGGCCUGCGGAGGGGAGGCUGUGGCCAG